AUGACGCAGACUCCCAUGAUCUCGGUGCCUCUGAAGGCUACCAACGAGAUCGAUUGGAUUACCCCGCUGAAGACGUAUAUUAGAGACACAUAUGGCGACGACCCCGAAAGAUAUGCGGAAGAAUGCGCAACACUCAACCGCUUGCGCCAGGACAUGAGAGGUGCUGGCAAAGACAGCACUGCUGGGAGGGACUUGUUAUACAGAUACUAUGGCCAACUCGAGUUAUUGGACCUUCGUUUCCCCGUCGAUGAACAGCACAUCAAGAUCUCAUUUACAUGGUUUGAUGCGUUUACUCACAAGUCCACGUCCCAAUACUCGCUUGCGUUCGAGAAAGCUUCCAUAAUAUUCAACAUAUCCGCUGUUCUAUCCUGUCACGCCGCCAACCAAACCCGAUCUGAAGAAACUGGCCUCAAGACCGCAUACCACUCUUUCCAGGCCUCUGCUGGCAUGUUCACCUACAUAAACGAGAAUUUCUUACAUGCGCCAUCCUCCGACUUGAGCCGGGAGACUGUCAAGACUUUGAUACAAAUAAUGCUUGCGCAAGCUCAAGAAAUCUUCCUCGAGAAACAAGUUGCCGACCAAAAGAAGGUAGGUCUACUAGCGAAGUUGUCUAGUCAGGCCGCCUAUCUAUACCAGCAAGCACUGGAAGGCGUUCAAGAAAAUGUCACCAAGGCUAUCUUUGAGAAAGUCUGGCUCCUAUUUACCCAGAUCAAAGCGAGUUUGAUGACGUCGAAUGCGCAGUAUUAUCAAGCGCUUGCUGAUGAAGAUGCUAAUUCGUACGGCGUUGCUGUCGCAAGGCUCACGACGGCUGAAACGCAUGCUAAGGAAGCUAAUAAGAUAGCUAAUAACUUCCCUAACACCAUGCCGCCUAGCGCAAAUCUAAGUGCUGAUACGGGGACCUUGCUAGCAGAAAUCACGAAGCGGAACUUAACCACAAUCCAGGAGAAGUUGAAAGAGUUGAUAAAAGACAAUGAUUAUAUCUAUCACCAGACUGUUCCCGCGGAGGCUAGUUUGAUCCCAGUGCCGAAAUUGCCAGCCGCCAAGCCAAUACCGGUGAACGAGCUUUAUGCUGGCCAGGACAUCCAACGUAUUACUGGUCCGGAUUUAUUCUCAAAGAUCGUCCCGUUCACAGUUACCGAGUCUGCUAGCUUGUACGAUGAGGAGAAAGCAAAACUAGUACGUGCGGAGGCCCAGAGAGUCGAUAUGGCCGACGUUGAGAUGGCGACGAGUUUGGAUUAUCUCAAGCUGCCGGGCUCUUUGAACGUGCUGAAAGGAGGUAUCGAUCAGGAUAUCCGGCCAGAUUCGGAGUUCCAGACUUGGUGCGACGAUGUCGCAGGGCAUGAAAAUCCAAUAUCGAUAUUCGACACGUUACGUAUAGACAAAGACGCGAUAAUGACAGUUCUGGAUAGGUGCUCGAAACAACUCGAUAUGGAAGAGAGUGUUUGCGAGAAAAUGAGAUCGAAGUAUGAGAGUGAGUGGACACAGCAGCCUAGCUCACGGCUUACUACUACGCUGCGAGGAAAUAUCCGGAACUAUAGGGAAGCCUUGGACGAAGCAGCGAAGAGCGACGGCCAGCUGUACGCCAAAUUUCGUCAAAACGAAGUGGACUUUGAGGAGAUGCGGAAUGCUGCGCAAACAGGCGAAGUCGAUUCAUUAUUCCAAAUGGCCGUUAACAGAGUCAGGGGAAAGUCUAGUAACGCAACGAGCCCAGCAAGCGGCGAGCCGAAUCUACUAGAUGCUGACUUUGAGGAUGAUAGUCCGAGUGUUGCGGAACAGAUUGCUAGGGUUGAGGGCAUUCUUAAAAAGCUAGACCUAGUAAAGAGGGAACGAAACCAAGUAUUGAAAGAUCUUAAGGAAAAGGUCCACAACGAUGAUAUCUCACAAAUUCUGAUUUUGAACAAGAAAUCCAUACCAAACUUUGAGAAAGAAUUGUUCCAGUCCGAACUAGAGAAGUUCCGCCCUCGCCAGGAUCGGAUUUCGCAGGCAAACCAUAAGCAGGCCUCACUUAUGAAGGAAUUGCAAGCAACGUUCAGCCAUCUUCUUCAGGAUAAGCGUGUACGUUCGGAACGAAGCAAGUAUGAAGUCCUGCAACGACAAAGGAAUUCGGUGGUCAAUAAGUAUAAGAGGGCGUAUCAAGAGUUUCUCGACCUCGAAUCUGGGUUACAAGGCGCAAAGAAUUGGUACACCGAGAUGAAAGAGACUGUUGAUAGCCUGGAGAAGAACGUCGAGACAUUCGUCAAUAACAGGAGGGCUGAAGGUUCCCAAUUACUCAAUCAGAUCGAGCAAGAGAUAGCCGCGAACAAGAGCACGCAAGCUGAAGCUGAACGGGAAAGACUGCGUGGCCUGAUGGAGCGUAUGUCUAUGGAUCCUAACGCAUCACCACCGCCGAAACCAGGCUCGACGCGGCCCGUGCCAACGCCGCUGUCUUUUUCGAGUACCCCUCGUUAUCCUCAAAGCAACGUCACUGGUCAAUAUCAGAUGCCAACAUCUCCGCCACCAAACCAGGCCAGCUAUCCUAGCUUUUCUAACCCUCCACCAAGCACUACUUACGCAUCUACGCCGCAGCAGUCAUAUACUCCCAAUCCUCAACAAAACAACCAGCCCUUUGGCCAAGCAGCAUAUAAUCCUAGUAGCUGGGGCCGGAAUCCCGGACCUGCGUCGCCGCCGCCGAACCAGACUACAUUCGGGCUUGGUGUAGGUAGCAGAGGCCCUGCCUCACCUCCGCCAAACCAGACUUCCUUCGCGCAGAACCAAUACAGUACCUACGGAAACCCACAAGUCCAAGCUUCGCAACAGUACAUGCCUCCCGGCUUCGUACCGCCUCCACCUCCUCCCGGACCUCCGCCCUUAGGACCGCAGCAGACCAUCCAUUACUCACAGCAGCCGCAGGAGUAUGCGUAUGGGCAACCUCAAAGCUCAGUUCCUCGGUCGGCGCAACCACAGAAUGAUCCAUGGGCGGGGUUGAAUGCUUGGAAAUAG